AUUUAUGUAUGGGACAAGAAUACCACCAUUUGCGUACGAUAGUUGGCGCCCACGGACCACAGUCCUCUCCCUCUACCUGUAGGGUUCCGAAAUCUCACCUUGUCUUCUCCGGCGAAUCUGUUCCUAAACCCAAUUUUCCAAAAUCAAUUUUUUCAGCCAUUCCAGGUCAUCAUCCUCUCUAAGUUAUUUAAGCAGUAGUAGAGUGAGUGAGCUCAAGUUGAGAGCAAUGGUGAUGGUGGUGGUGACACUGGUGUUGGGCAUCUUAUUAGGGGCUCUAUUUUUGAUCCCUAGACAUCUUAAAUCUGAUCACAGCAAAAAAGAUUUAUCAAAUGCAUUCAACAAGGCAUCCAAAAUGUACACCAAAGCUGAAGUGUCCUUGCAUAACAAGGGGACAGAUUGUUGGAUCAUCAUCAAAGAUAAGGUGUAUGAUGUUUCCUCAUACGUGGAGGAACACCCUGGUGGUGAUGCCAUCCUAGCACAUGCCGGAGAUGAUUCAACCGAAGGGUUUUAUGGUCCUCAGCAUGCUACCAGGGUAUUUGAUAUGAUCGAUGAUUUUUACAUUGGAGAUUUGGAGAAGAAUUGAUUAUUACAAUUGGUUUGUAUCUUAACAUUAGAACAGUUUUGUGACAAUUUAUUUAUUAUUCUUGGAUGUUGUCUGCCAUUUUUUUUUUUUUACCUUAAAGGCAGUUCUUCAAUUUUUUGCUUAUGUAAUAGUUUAUUGAAACAAUUAUUCUAUUGACCCCAUUUUAAUCAAAGUAACAUAAGUUAGUUGAGUAGUC